GAUCUCAUGAGAUGUUUUUUGUCCGCAGGAGCCCGGGGCGAAUCGAACUCGGCAUGACCGUGAUAGUGCCCGACUACGUGCUCGAGGAAGGGAGCUUGGAGGCUUUCAUCGCCAGGGCGCGGCUGUAUCUGGACACUGUCGCCGGCAGAUUACUAGGCGGCGGCUUCUUCUCCGGCCUCGACCCAGCGUCGAGCGAGGCCAUAGCUGGGCUUCACGUUCCGGCGGCAGGCGAGACGAGGGAGCAGGACUGCGCGGUAUGCCUCGAGGACUUCGACGAGGAUGGCGGCGACGCCGAGCUCAGGACAAUGCGCUGCUCGCACUCCUUCCACCAGCGCUGCAUCUUCCGGUGGCUCCGGGUCAGCCGGGUCUGCCCCUGCUGCCGCUUCUCGCUGUCCUCCGCCUACGACCAGCUCUUCCUGGCGGAUCAGCAGCCAGCCAGCGACGGAGCUAGACUGCUGGACCUAGAACCAAGUGAUGACUGAUUCAUUGAUAUUGCUACAGUUUGUUAUAUUGUAAAAUUAUAACCAUGCUGGUUUGUACAAGGAAAUUCAACUAGAAUUUCUGUCGAUGUUAUCUGAAAGCGACGGAAGGAUUAUAUUGGGCUAGCUGGUUUGGUUCAGUUCGAAGGCAUG